UCUACCGUUCAAAGAAUUUUAACGCCUCCACUUACAGAAGAGUUAUAAAUAUAAACAAGCACAUUGAUUUGCCAGGCAGAAAAGGACUUAACAGCUUUACGAAGAGCAUUUAGAAACUGUCACUUGAAUAUUCGCAAUCUACGGAAUUGAGAAACAAUGACUGAGAGCGGAGCACAUCAUUAUAUUCCUGAUCCAGACAGUGAAUUGGAGAAAAAAGUUAAAAAGCUGACUUUGGGGGCUGGUGAAAAUGACAAGGACACUGAAAAUGAUAAGCCUCGUAGGGAUGAAAAUGCACAAUUAAAAAUUACAGAACAUUAUAAAGGUAUUCUUUCGAAUUUAGGUGAAGACCCAACUAGACAAGGAUUAGUUAGAACUCCUGAAAGGGCUGCUAAAGCAUUAAUGUUUUUCACAAAAGGAUACAAUGACAACAUCAAAGAGGCCUUAAAUGAUGCUAUAUUUGACGAAGAUCAUGAUGAAAUGGUGAUAGUUAAAGAUAUAGAAAUGUUCUCCCUAUGUGAACAUCAUUUAGUUCCCUUUUUAGGAAAGGUUUCUAUAGGAUAUUUACCAAAUAAACGGGUAUUAGGACUUAGUAAAUUAGCAAGAAUAGUAGAAAUUUACAGUAGACGGCUACAAGUGCAAGAAAGACUAACAAAACAAAUAGCAGUGGCUAUAACAGAAGCUAUACAGCCCUCGGGUGUAGCUGUUGUAAUAGAAGCUACACACAUGUGUAUGGUUAUGAGAGGGGUACAGAAAUUAAAUAGUAAAACAGUAACCAGUACUAUGCUUGGGGUAUUCCGUGACGAUCCAAAAACUAGAGAAGAAUUUCUAACAUUGAUACGUUAACAACAGAGCAUGUCAUAUGUGAUACAAUAACAAUAGAGCUGAUCAUCUAGUCGUGCUGAUUUUUAUUUGUUAAAAUUUGUUAAUCUUCUGGAAGCCUUUCUUCCAAGGAAGGAGUAACAAUUUUACUUCCAAUUUGGAAGUUGAUAAAGGAAAUAUUGUUUUUAAAAAGCAUUUAUAGUAUUUAAAUUUUUAAUAUUUUAGAUACUGGUUAUCAAAAUAUUAUUUAAGAAGUCACUGUUUAUUGAGUUCAGAGCCGAUUAUGCGGUUUUGAAGUCUUAUGAUAGUGAAAUUUUUCACUUUUGUAGAUAGCAAUUUUCAAUGAUUAAGAAAAAAAGAUGUGUUUAUGGACUUAAUAUUUUAUACAAAUUUUGAAUACCCUCACAAAAAUUCAGUACUGAAAUAUUUGAUAUACCAAACCCAUUAAAAUCCACAAAAGGGCACAAACAAAAAUAAAUCCUCAGUUUUCAGAGGAAAAAAAGAUUUAUCUCUAAGAUUUAUAGGGUUUAUAUCUAUCUUUUAGUUGUGCAAGGGUAGUCAUAAACCUUUUAAAAUGGGUUAUGAAGGCUAUAAAAAUAUGUUUUUUAUUUAGAAAUGAUGUUUUAUUAUGAGUUUAAUAUUUUCAUACAUUCCUGAAAAACAGUUCGGGUAUGGUUUAUGUGAUAUUUUUAUUUAAAUUAUAUUUUUAUUUAAACAUAUAUUAUGUUUUAUAAUCUGCAAUAGGUACUUGUUACAGAGUAAAUUUUAAUAACUUUUUUCAAAUUUUCUAAAAGAUGAGAUAUUUAUGCCUUUGAGCCUAGGAGAAUCAGUUCAUAUACACAAAAUAUAAAUUUAUAUUUUUACAUUUUACUCCUCUUCUCAAGUAUAUACCCAGUGAUAUAAAUACAUUUCCUCUGGGACAACUUAUAAUGCAGUUAUUGAGUUUCGCACAAUUUUGAUUUGCACUUGCAUCAUUUAGAAUAUAGCACAAACUCUUCACUCUUUUUUUUUUUUACUAUUUUCUGAAAAAAUAAUUUUGUGUUUGCAUUAUGAAUGGUGGUGGAUGUACGUCAUCAAAUGAUAUAUUCAGAAAAGUGUGGGAGAAAGUCACAUGUACCAGUCUCUUCUCUAAGACAGAGAGAGGAAGGCUAUAAUUGCAUUCAUCUUGUCUGUCUGUUCUUCAAAAACAAAUAUUUCCCCCUAUCUUUCUCAGCUACUGCCAAACAAAAUGAAUUUAUAUUUAAUCAGUUACUUAACAAUGAUGAUUUGUAACAUGUGAACACUGUUUGAAUCUUUUACAGCUAAUUUCCUAUCAAAUGCUGAGUCAAACUUUGGUAGGCUUGCUUGCUCUGUUUGUAUAAAUGUUAAUUCAAGCUUUCUAAUUAACAUUACAACAAAUGGAAGUUAUUAACCACCUUGACUGGCUAUACAGCCCUUGCACAGAAGGCAAUUUUUAUCUUAAUAAACAUUGACAUCUUGAAUCAGUAUAUAUAGGCAUAUUUUAACCCAUAUAUAUUAUGUUAAAUUUGAUUGGAUGCUAUCCCAAUUACAAUUGUACAAUAUACAAACAAAGCAAGCAAGCUAACCAAAGUCUUGCUUUACAUUCAUUAGAAAAUUAGCUGUUAACAUCACCUUCCUGUUUGUUGAUACUUUGGAUUUUUCAAUAUUUUAAAUGAACCUAAAUAUUUACGCCACAAGUACAAAAAGUUAUCAAAAAAUAGUAUGUCAUCAUCCAGGAAUUUGUGAGUUGUAAUGUGUGCAAGCUUUUUGUGUCUGUCAGACACUCAAUUUGUGUGUUUUUUUAAAAGAUACUCAGUGGUGGAUCCAGAAAUUUUUAGAAGUGGGGGCUCGCUGACUGCCUAAAAGGGGGCCCACUCUGGUCAUACUUCAGUGAUUCCCUAUAUAAUCAACCAAAUUUUUUUCAAGAAAAGAGGGGGCCAGGCCCCCUGCCCCUCUAAAUACACCUCUGAUACUUUGAAAUAAUAAUGGUAUGCUUAGCAAGACAAUGCAAGCAUUGUUGAAAAAUUGACUCUUAUUUGUAAAACUGUCAAAAUGAGAGAUACCCGGUAAUUUAUUUUAAUUGUCUUAUACUAUUUAUUGAUAGCAUAUUUUGUGUAAUAUUUAUUAGAACCAAAUGCAAUAAUAAAAACCAAUUGAAAGGAAUAAUCUAUAUGAAAUUACAUUGCUUUUGUAUUAUAAAUGAUUUUAUAUAACAGUGACAUGUUGUGUAACUUGUGUACUUAAUUGUUUUCUUUAUAUUGUGGGUUCUCAAAUUUAGUUUAGCUUAUGGAGUGUAUGUCAGUUCUGUACACUACAGGACAUACACCCCCUCCUUUCAAAGGAAAAGAUACCUAAUGAGACACCAAUUACCAAUAGUCCAUUUGCCAAUUACUGAUUUCAUUCUGUUAUUACACACUUUUUAAACAAAUUACUUCCCUUUGCUAAUGCAAAGUAUGAUGAAUUGAAAAUGAUGUAUCGGUGGUUUACCUCAUUUGAUAUGAAAAAUAAUUUCUGAUGUUGUAAGUAUUUAGCUAAACAACAAGUUAAUGUAAAUAAAAGAUUUCAAAACCUUAAAGAAUACUCACAUUACGCACAGGUAAAUUUGCUUUUUCUGCUAGCUCUCCAUUGUAAAUAAAAGUUAAUGUUCCCCCAUAAGGGAGACAACUAAAAAAAGGUCUCUAAUUACAGGGUCAACUACGGAACUGGCAAAUGGACUACAAUGUAUUACAACUUAAAAUAAAAUAAAAAUUAACAAUGAGAAUCUCACCUUAAAAAGAAAAUCUGAAAGGCUGACCAUCUUAAUAUUUAUUUGUUUAUGUUAUCAUCAUAUCAAAUUAUUUAUUUGUUCUCAGUGACUAAAACUAUAUGUAAGUAUUAAUUAACCCUCCUUUUUCUCGCAAUGUACUUACGGUAAAAAUAUGUAAAACAACUAAUGGUGGGUGAUCAAUUGUAUUUUCACUUUUAUGUAUCUGAUAGCUGUCUCUUGUUAUGCAUAUGUCCUAAAUCUUCAUCUUUCUAAAAUAAUCAUGUAGAAAAUAUGUUUUAGAUUGGAAAUCACUGUAUUUUAUAUCAGAAUUAUAUCCUUCUUUCAAGGGUGGUGUAAAAUUCGAAUAUGCAGAUUUUUUCAAAAUUUUAUAAAAAAAACCAACCAAAUUACCAAAUUUCCAAUGAUAUGGUGUCUGGGACCUAGACUAUUGUAUUUAUAUAUUUAUAUAUUGUUAAUUUAUUAAUUUGUUAUUUCAAAUGCAUUUCUUUGAAGUUUAUUAUCUUUUUUCAUUGGGCUUUUUGUGACUACGCUUUAUGUAGGACAUGAAACCACAAAGGACCAAGAAUAAAAACUGAUGGUUGUGAUUUAAAUGAAUCAUUCCUUAAAUUUGAAUCUACCACAUAUAUUUCAGUGGCAGAUCUAGGAUUUUAUAAUACUUUAUAAAUUCCUUAAAUAUUAUAAUAGAACUAGAAUUUUUUAGGGAUGAUUUUGUGCUCAAAAAUGAUUUAUUUUCCAAUAAAAAAGAGGGAAUAUACCCUCUUAGCUUCCCUGCAUCCAUCCCUGUAUUAGUUAUUUUGGAUUAAUGUAAACCAACUAAUUUUCGUGAGCAAUUUAUUUAUGAGUGUAGAAAAUAAUAUGAUUUGAAAUUGUUGCGAAUAUGUAUAACUUUCCUUAUUUAACUACAUCAAGUAAAUUAGAAAAUCAGGAAAUUUUAUCACCAUUAAGUGGACUAGAAAAAGCUUAACGCGAAAUAUUGUAUCUGUAAAAAUAUGUUUUGUUAUAUAUUUUGCUCUGUAAACAUUAACAGAUAUAUUUCAAAGGGAGAUUAUUUGUUGUUUUUAGUGAAGUGUAUUCUAAAAAAUAUAUAAUUUUCUGAUCUCAUAGAUAUAGGAAGAUGUGAAUCGUCUAAAGUAUUGCUCAUUUUUGUCGAGCCUUCGACUUUAGUCGAAAAAGCGAGACUAAGCGAUCCUACAUUCCGUCGGCGGCCACAAAUAUUCACUCUGUGGUUAAAGUUUUUGAAAUUUUAAUAACUUUCUUAAACUAUACUGGAUUUCUACCAAACUUUGACAGAAACUUGUUUAUGAUCAUAAGAUAGUAUUUUGUAAAAAUUAAAUUCCAUUUUUUCCAUAUUUUACCUGUAAAUGGAUUUAGUUUUUCUGCGGGGAAACAUUACAUUCACUCUGUGGUUAAAGUUUUAAAAAUUUUAAUAACUUUCUUAAACUAUCCUGGGUUUGUACCAAAAUUGGAUAGAAGCUUAUUUAUGAUCAUAAGAUAGUAUCCAGAAGUAAAUUUUGUAAAAAAAAUAAAUCCACUUUUUCCGUAUUUUACUUUUGAGUGGACUUAGAUUUUCUUCCAGUUAACAUUACAUAUGUGUAAAGUCUGCAGUUAAAGUUUUUAAGACAUUUAUUAGAUUCAUAAACUAUGCUGGAUUUUUACCAAACUUGGACAGAAGCUUCUUACCAUCAAAAGAUUGUAUCAAGAUGAAUAUUUUUAUUGAUUUUUUUCUUCAUUUUUGUUGAGCCUGCGAUUUAGAGCAAAAGUAGGCGAGACACUGGGUUCCGCGGAACCCUUACAAUUAUUUUUAGCAACAGUCAAAAGUAUCGUUAUCAAUUUCAAAUUGGUAAUGAUACUUUUGACUGUUGCUAAAAUAUGAACAAUACUUUCCUCUGAAAGUCUCCAAGUUUAAAAAAACUGCCCAGUCAAUAAAUGUAUUAUAAUAAUAUACCUUUUGUACUUAUGGUUUAUAUUUAUAUACAUUGUUCCUGUGUUAUAUUUAUAUUUUAGUAAUUUUAUUUUUACUUUGAAUUAUAAGACAAAAACCUAAGCUGAAUUAUCUGUGUACAUGAAAGCUUUUUUAUAAAUAUAUACUAAUAGAUGGAGAUUUGUAGAAUUAAGUUGGUGGUUGGGCUAUGAACAUAUAAAAACUUAUAAAUUUGUCAAUGAGUGAAAAAUUAUUUUUUAUCUUGUACAUGGAGCAAAAUGACUGCAUAAAAAUUAUAAAAUACGGAAACAUUUUAAAGGAGUAGGUCCAGUAAGACCCCUUUUUGGCCCCAAAAUAUAGCAGUUUUACAAAAUUGUCAAAAUGUAAUCUUUUAGUUAUUUAUUGGACAGAAGAAUGCUUCUGCUACAUAAAUAUGGACUUUUUUUGACAACGCAAUGCACACAUAUCGGGUACUAGCACCAUUAAGUCAUGCUAAAUUACUGAAAUCUUCACAAUUCUAGCAUUUUAGUUAAAUUUUAGACAGUUUUCAUGUAAAACGAAUGUGGCUGCAUUUGCGUUCAUUCUUUAUAUUGAAAUGUAAGUUGUAUUUGAUGAUAAUACAAAACAGAUAUAAAAGUUGAGGAUGAACAUGGAUCACUUUCAUUUUUAACAAAAAGUAUCUGAAAAGUGACAUUUUUCGGCAUUUAUGGAAGAUUUUUCAUAUUAAAGGUUAAAUCGGAUCUUUUUAAAGACUAAACGAGUUAAAAUCUAGCAGAAAAACUUAUUGAUUCAAAUGAAAUAGCCACUUUAGUGUUUAAAAAGACGUAAAAAUGUUUCGUCAGAUGAACCUGAAAUUUGAUGCCAAAAUCGGUCCUUACCGGACCUACUCCUUUCUUUGCAUUGUAAAGAAAAUAAAUAAUCAUUUUUAAUUCAAAAUAUGUCCAUUCAAAAUCCUAGAGUCUCUGAUGACAAGAUACUUUGAUUUCUUGCCUCAAAUCAUUGAAUUAUGGAUCCAGUGUUUCGGUUAUAGUACAGAAAUUUGACAACACUCCUUUCUACCUUCUGUCCUGGAAUCAACCAAUGAAAUCUCAGCCUUCAUAUUUUUGAAACUGUGUUUCAACAGGACAAAACUAGAGGAUCCAAAAGGGUUUUCUUAACAGAACGUAGAAAAGAGCAACAUAUAUUCUUGUAAACAAAGCAUUGACACAGGAUAGACAUUUCAAUCUUAUUGUUUAAACUUAAGCAUCUUCUAUACCCUUUAGGUUAAAUAUAGGUUACAAUAUAUGGCGUUCAUUAUCACUGAACUAGUAUAUAUUUGUUUAGGGGCCAGCUGAAGGACGCCUCCGGGUGCGGGAAUUUCUCGUUACAUUGAAGACCUGUUGGUGACCUUCUGCUGUUGUUUUUUCUAUGGUUGGGUUGUUGUCUCUUUGAUACAUUCCCCAUUUCCAUUCUCAAUUUUAUCAAAUUCUUAAGAUCCUAUCCAUGCUCAUGUGAAGCACUAUCCAUGCCCAUGUCAAGCAACAACAAUCUUUGAUUAUUAAAAUAUUCAAGUAACAAAAUGCUGUGUAUGUGUAAAAUCAUACAUUUU